AUGGGAAUUGUGACAACUGAAAGCGAGAUAGUUUUUGCAGUGGCCCCUGCAAGACUUUACAAAGCCAUUGUGCUUGAUUCUAGCAAUUUUUUUCCCAAAGCUUUACCAAACUUCGUUAAGAGUGUUGAGAUCAUUGAAGGAGACGGAGGACCCGGAACCAUAAAGAAGCUCAGUCUUCCCGAAGGGUAUGUGAAGCAAAAGGUGGAUGUGAUCGACGUAGAUAACUACGUUUACCACUACACAAUAGUUGAAGGCAAUGUUCUGACAGACCCACCAUUGGAGAAGGUGUCAAAUGAGUACAACUUGGUGGGAAACCCUGAUGGAGGAGGAUGCAUCGUGAAGGUCACACGCAAAUACUACACAAAAGACGAUGCUGAACUCACACAAGAGUUUCUGCAGUCUACCAAGGAGAUGUCUGCACUGUUUGCCAAGGCUGUUGAUGAUUAUCUUUUGGCUAAUCCUGAUUACAACUAG